AUGCCGUGCGGCGCCCGCGAUCGACGCCGUUCAGGGCACCGCUGUAUGCGCUGCCAGAAAGAUCAUGUCAAGUGUGACGGCCGCCGGCCCUGCUCAUACUGCAGCGCCCGUGGGAUCAACUGCAUCUCACCACCACCAUCCGCCAGUGACAUCACUAUCAUAGAGUAUGCGAGCAAGAAGCCCGCCCGUCGUCCGCAAGCCCAGGUGCAGAAGGCCCUGGUUCAGGACUCAUGGCGCUACACCAGUGCCUUCUUCCAGGCAAUUGGCCUGUCUGCCUCACCUAUCAUGUCCGUCUUCUCCUUCGACUCCAUCGGCGGUCUCUCGCAAGGCAACGAGCUUGUCAGCAAGACUGUCUCGGUCGUCGGCGGCAUGUACGCCAGCCGAAACGCCAAUUUGCUUGCCCUUAACGCUGCCGAGAAACGUGAGAUCCACAAGGCGUGGGCUGCCCUAAAGACGACCAUCGGCGAGGAAAUGAGAGGCACGCGCAGUACUCAAUUCAACGCGGUUCUGCUGUGUGCCUCUCUGUCCGGCUUCAAUGAGCUUCUUUCCGACAAGACAGGUAAGACAUGGCGUGCACUAGUCCGCGAGAUUGGCGAGUACGUCCGGCAGAACGGCAGAUCGCGCGAGGCGCAGGGCGAGUUCGAAUCAGCGCUGGUCAGAUUCCUGCGCAUGAGCGACGCUCUGGGCGCCAUCUUAAUGUGCGAGGAUAUAGCGCUGCCCAUGAACCGGCCCGUCUUCACCCUGCAAGUCGAGCUUGGCAAAGACAUCCCUCUGUCUCCUGAGCGACGCUGGGAUGAGCUGCUUGACAUUCUGGAGAAGUGGGCCAUUCUCCAGUUCAGGGCGCUCUCGUGGGCUGUCGAGGCUGAAAGGCACGGCUUUCCGUCCAUCGAAGACGCCAGUACGCCGGGGACAGAAGAACUCGUAACACAGAGCAGCGACUGCGUUUCGUCCCAGCACGCAACAGUAGGCAUCGAGAUCAUCUGCCAAGCUUCGCGGCUUCAGCGCGAGAUCAUCACAUCGAUCCUGUCCUUUGCCGACCAAGAUCCGCAAGAUCUGGAUGCCGGGACGCUAUCGACCAUCCCCUACUACCACUGGGGACUAACAGGCCUCUCCCGAUUGUUCCUGCACCCGGCAUGGUCGGCGCUCAAUUGCGAGCUGCCGGUCAUGAACGACGAGAUGAUCCGCAAGCAAGCCAUUGCAGCGCUGGACUACGCCGAAGGGCGGCUGAGCAGGGUCGAGCUGGAGGCCGUCAUGUACAUGCCCAUCACGCACCUGGUCGGGCUGGAGAUGAAGGCGGCCGAAGAGCGGAAGCGGGUGCUAGAUUUUCUCUCCGUCAUCAAGAACAAGGGCUUCGACAUCGCCGCUACCUUCGAAUCCGACCUUCAGACCGCGUGGACGGGGAUGAUCCCAAGCUGCGAUUCAAAGGGCUGA